AUGCCCAAGGCGAGCGCAUUGUAUGCGGUCAAAGGCACGGGCGAGGCCAACACCUUCACGGUCGCCGUGACGGGCAGCAACCUGACAGGGUUGGACAAGCUGGAUUUCGGCAACAACGUCACCGGCGGCAUGACCCAGGCCCAGGCAGCAGCAAACGCCAAGUUCUCCAUUGACGGUGUGCCGCUGGAGAGUGCGACCAACAAGCUCGCCGACACCGUGCCUGGCCUCGCGCUCACGUUGAAGCAGGCCUCGAACACGCCGGUUGAGAUCAACGUGUCAGCGGACACCGAAGGGAUGAAGAAAAACAUCCAGAACUUCGUGGACGCUUACAACAGCAUCAGCACGUUACUGACGACUGCGACGGCCUACAACGAAGCAACCAAGACGGCUGGAUCUCUGCAAGGUGACAGCACAGCUGUAGGUCUGCAGAACGCCCUGCGCGGCAUGAUGCGCUCCGUCACCGGCAACGGCAGCUUCACCCGCCUGGCAGACAUCGGCAUCGUGGCUGCUCAAGACGGCACCCUCGAAGUCAAGGCAGACAAGCUCAACUCUGCGAUGGAAAACCUAUCCGAUGUGCGCAACCUGUUCACAUCCGAUGACGGAAAUCCUGCCACCGUUGGCUUCGGGCUCAAGGUCAAGGCCUUUGCAGAUGGCAUCGCCGGCUCUUCCGGCACGCUCACCACUCGAACCGAAUCGCUCAAGUCUGCCGUGAAGCGGAACGAGAAGGAGCAGGAUCGCGUGAUCGAAAGGGCCUCCCGCGCGGAAGUUCGUUACCUUCGUCAGUACAACGCCAUGGACGCCGCCGUCGGGCAGCUCAGCAGCUUGAGCGCCUUCGUCAAUCAGCAAGUGACGAUGUGGAACAAAAGCUCAGGAUGA